AUGAGAUCUGCCGUUGCUUGGGAACAGUUUCAUUCUGUUCGUGAACAGCUUCAACGUCGGAUAGCUGAGAAAAUUCGUAAACAAAUGAGUUCUCUUGUUGGCAAUUUGGAAUCUGCCGAUUUGCUGCUUGUUGCAGCUGAUGGCAAAAAGCUUCCAGCUCAUGAAUGUAUUCUGAGAGCACGUGCUCCAGGCUUCUACCAGCGCCAUGUGGAAGCUACUGUGGCUGCUAUGGGUCCUAAACAGGAUGGAAAAUUACGAGAAGUAGCUAUUGGUGAUAUUGAUUCAGCUGGAUUAGAAUUUUUCAUUCACUCCGUUUAUACGGAAGAUGAAAUUGCCCAAUUCCCAUCUGAACAGGAAGAAAUGGACGAUCGACGACCUUUAUCUCAAUCGUCCAAUUUAUCCUUCAAUAUGGAAGAAUCCACAGAGCUGGAUUUUCACCAAGGAGGGGUGGAUGAGAGGUCACUCGAAGAGGAAACACCUACCACCGGACGCCCGCCCCUCGGUUAUUUUGUUCAGUCGUCCGGAUAUUCGGUACAAUCCUCUCCUAGACGUCAAAUGAGUUCUAGUUCAUCAUCGUCACAAGCAAUGACAUCAUCAUUAACAUCUGGAAACUCUCAUUUGUUUGGUUUCAAUUCACAAACAAAUAGCUAUAUGACGUCAUCUGUUCCUUCAAUAUCUUCUGUACCAGUGAUGACAUCUUUUCGAGAUUUAGCUACAAGUUCACCAAUGAAUACUUCGAACUAUUCUGUUCGCAGUGAAGUAGCAGAUAUCCCAGAAGAGGAUGAAGAACUGCCUACUAAUUCUGAUCGAAAAUUCCAUUCACAGUCUCAACGCCAAGAUAUGUCAAUGAGCAAGUUUAUACGGUUGGAUAGCACAGGUCCUUCUAGCGACCCAAUGAAAGAAUAUCUUCAACGAAAAAGGAGUAGUGGUGGCCCCAAGCAAAUAUUUCCAAUGUUCAUUGGCUUAUCAGAUGAUGGACAAAUGACUUCCAAUUUGGAUCGCACCUUGUCUUCAGAUACUCUGCGAGGAGCAUCAGCUGGACGAGUUAUAAUGUCUAAACGUCUUUCUAUGACUUCAUUAACUUCAUUAACGAGUAUCGACAUGACUCCUAAUGAAAAUGCAAAUGUUCCCAAUUUUGAACGAACUCCCGCUAGUAAGUUGGCAUCAGAACUCCUACAAAUGUAUGUCAAUAAUGAAGACACUGAUGUCGUAAUUCGUACGGAAAACGGAGAUCUCCAUGCUCACAAAUGUAUUCUAUCAGCUACUUGUCCUUUUUUCCGACAGCAACUCACAAAAUCAAAAAGAAUCGAAUUGAAGGGUUUUUCUCGUAAUUCUGUGCAUUUCCUCCUUAGUUUUCUAUAUGGUGGCCUAACUGGUAUCCCAGAUGAUGUCGACAUUUGGGAAAUCAUUGCCUUAGCUGCUCACUUGAACUUGAAAGAUCUUACAGAUGUAGUAAUUUUACAUUUAAAAGCUACUAGAUGCCAUUGGUUCCAUCGGCCGUGUGCUGGAUGUGUCUCUGCCGUAUUCGAUGCAUUGCCUCAGAUGGCUUCUAUCAGAUCUUUGAAAUCGCUUUACGAAGAAGCUCUUAAUUGGCAAGCUAGACAUUUUGCACGAAUAUGGAAAGGCAGAGUUUUUCUUCAUUUGAAUGAACGGUGGCAAAAAGAAUGUUAUGAAGCUGUUAUUCAACAUAUGGAUGAUGAGACUGUCAUCGACACUAUUUUGGGUUGCGAACGACUGCAGAUUUCUUUGCCUCGUUCCAAAGCUGAAGGCUCAGUCAAUGUUCUGUCCAUGGUAGACGACGUUCUGGAAGUUUCAAUGCAAUUCUUAGUCCAUUCUUUUCAUUUGGUCGUUACGAGUAAAUCUUUCCAGCAACAAGGAAAGGGAUUAGCUUUAAACUUAGGUAUUAUGGAAGAUCUUCUGCCCAGCAUCGUGCAUUCCUUAUCCGCUGAUGUUGCGAUCAAAACGUUCAGAGGACUGAAUGAACUGUUGUUAGAUAUACAGAACAUCCCACCAUCCCCGAAAAGAGGAAUGAGCUUGCCUAUUGAUGAAUAUUGUCAAAGAUUCGUCUCUUUGAUCAGAAGGCUGUAUGAAAUAGUGGAUAAACAUCUCCUUCACUACGCUGCUUCUGUUGUGAAAGCUGAAGCCUGGAAUCUUUUGACGGAAGAAGAACAGUUGCGAAUCCAAGAAACUGGCCUUUUCGUGGAACUAAGACAACCCAAAGCUCCUCCUCCUAGGUUAUCUAGCUUCAAUCGGAGUUAUAAGCGAUCAGCUUCAGUAGGUGUUCAAUUUACCCAGGGCAGUGGAGAUCGAUCGAGAUCAAUAGAAAGAGGGAGACCAUUAUCCACCAUUCAGCAAACCGUUCCAGUUGUAUCGUCUGAUGUAGACAUGAAGCAACCGGAGAACGAAGACCUUCUGAAGGAGCCACUUUCGAGCAACACCCCUGUAGAAAGUCCUCGUCGAAGUAGAAAAGAUGAGAAGCCAGUUUCUUCUCGACCUACGAGUAGGAUGAGUGCGAAAGAACAAACCAAAGCUUCUAAUGGAAAUGGAAGAAUGUCAACACAACCUACGGUUCUUCCUGUCGUUGACAAGAAAGAACCCGAAAGAAAGGUUGAAGAAAUGAAACCCACUCCUGCUCCAGCAAAAGUUGAGAAAACUGAAAAGGAUAAUACAACCUCUCAACGUUCAAAUACUCCGAACGAAAACAAGGAAAAGGUUCCAUCUCGCACAAAUUCCCCCCGAGCCGAUAAAACUGUUGAUGUGAAAAAAUCUCCUGCAAAGAAGAAAGUAUUACAAGGCGAUGAAAGCUCAUUGGAACGUCAAACAACUCACACCAUCAUGACAGUUGAUAAAGCAAAGCUUCUAUCUCUUCCACGACCCGAGCAAUCUCCUUCUAAGGCGGGAGAAAAACCAAAAUCAGUGGUGAAGCCAAUGGUCAAAGACCCUCCGCUUGCUCAAUCCGCUCGAUUGCCGGUGAGAACUGCUCCUCGCACCCAAAUUCCCUUGACCAAAGAGAUAAAGCCACCAACAAGCAGUAGGACGUCUGCAAUUCCAAAAGCUACAGCAAAAAGCUCUGUAACUCCCUCAACAACAUCAUCGAGGGCAUCGGCUAUUCCUUCUAAAACUGAUGCGAAAGUGCGUCCUUCGUCUGGUCCAACUAGAUUAGUUCGAACAACACGUCAAGCUAAUUCAAAUUCUAUCGAAAAGUAG